CGAUUCUGAUGAAUCUUUAGUUCAUGGUUUGUAAUCGAUCGUUGCUUUCAGCUGAUUUUCUAGUUAAGAUGCAGUCAAAGUUUUGAUAAAGUAAACACAGUGGUAGCUACUGUAAGAAUUUGAUUGUCCACCACCAUGUCGAUCGAGAUUGAAUCUGCUGACGUCAUUCGUCUGAUUCAACAAUAUCUAAAAGAGUCGAAUCUCGUCAAAACGCUACAAACAUUACAAGAAGAAACUGGGGUGUCAUUGAACACAGUUGACAGCGUCGAUGGUUUCGUUACAGAUAUCAACAAUGGCCAUUGGGAUACGGUAUUAAAAGCUACACAGUCUCUCAAACUUCCUGACAAAAAACUCAUUGAUCUUUAUGAGCAGGUUGUAUUGGAACUAAUCGAAUUGAGGGAACUGGGUGCGGCAAGAUCGUUACUAAGGCAAACUGAUCCCAUGAUUAUGAUGAAGCAGCAGGAACCUGAAAGAUACAUACAUCUAGAGAAUCUUCUCGCACGCUCCUACUUUGAUCCCAGAGAAGCAUACCCAGAUGGAAGUACAAAAGAAAAGCGAAGGGCUCACAUAGCAACUGCUCUAGCAGGUGAAGUUUCGGUGGUACCUUCCAGUAGGUUGUUAGCAUUGCUUGGUCAAGCUUUAAAAUGGCAGCAGCAUCAGGGGCUCCUUCCUCCUGGUACCACGAUAGAUUUGUUCAGAGGAAAAGCUGCGGUUCGUGAUCAAGAAGAUGAAAAAUAUCCAACUCAAUUAUCUAAACAGAUUAAAUUUGGGCAAAAGUCCCACGUAGAAUGCGCGAGAUUUUCACCAGAUGGCCAGUACUUGGUGACUGGAUCUGUCGAUGGUUUUAUAGAAGUUUGGAAUUUUACAACGGGAAAAAUUAGAAAGGAUUUAAAGUACCAGGCUCAGGACAAUUUCAUGAUGAUGGAACAAGCUGUGUUGUCAAUGUCUUUCAGUCGUGAUAGUGAAAUGCUUGCGGGAGGAGGACAAGACGGUAAAAUGAAGGUUUGGCGUGUUCAGAGUGGUCAAUGUCUACGAAGAUUUGAAAAAGCUCACGCCAAAGGUGUCACUUGCCUACAAUUUAGUAGAGACAACAGCCAAAUACUAUCCGCAUCGUUUGACACCACCAUAAGGAUACAUGGAUUAAAAUCUGGCAAGACUCUGAAAGAGUUCAGAGGUCACGUUUCAUUCGUGAAUGAAGUUGUUUUUGCGCCAGACGGUCACAACGUCAUAAGUGCUUCAUCAGAUGGAACCGUCAAGCUUUGGAGUUUGAAAACAACGGAAUGCAUAGGCACGUACAAGUCUUUAGGAGCAGCGGAUCUUACCGUAAACAGUAUCCAUCCUCUUCCGCGAAAUCCAGAACAUUUUGUUGUUUGUAAUCGUUCAAACACAGUAGUAAUAAUGAACAUGCAAGGACAGAUAGUUCGAUCUUUCUCCAGUGGAAAAAGAGAAGGUGGUGAUUUCGUAAGUGCCUGUGUCAGUCCUCGUGGCGAGUUUAUCUACUGUGUCGGCGAGGAUCUCGUACUCUACUGUUUCUCCACUUCAUCAGGGAAAUUAGAACGAACUCUCAAUAUCCAUGAAAAAGAUGUGAUUGGACUGGCACAUCACCCGCAUCAAAAUUUACUCUGUUCGUACAGCGAAGAUGGUCUUCUCAAACUUUGGAAACCUUAAACGUUCGCACAAAUAUAAUUAUCAGUAAUACAUAAUUCUUCAUUCAAUUACAUAGGACAAUUUCAACCAAGCAUCCCAUGCCUAGAUGCGUUCGAUUCGUGGUAGGACAAUAUAUCAAUUUUUAUUUUUACAUUCGUGCAUUAUAUUAUGUACCCAUUUUUGUCAAGUCAUCAAUCAUACAUGUUCAACUAUAAAAAUUACAUACAUCGAUGUACAAGUCA